CGUGAGACCCACAUGCCUUUCCGAGCUGAGUCCAGGGUGUUUGAUGGGAUGUUCAUUCGGGCAAACCCUCGAUGGCUCGGAGCCUAUCAGCAGCGCGUGCGUGGAGAGGAGGAACUCGAGCAAUAUUAAAGCUGUCAGGGAACAAACAGCAGUCACGGUGCGCUCCUCCUCUUCUGCAUGUGCGUCCCCACGCCUCUCCUCCUCCUCUCGAACAUUAGCAUAAAAUCUGUGUCAGUAGGACAGCGAUCACAUGGAGCGCGCGCAUGAGGCAUUCCAAUGUCAACCGAGUGCACGCGCAUUCAGUCAGUCAGAUACAACACACACAGAGGGGGAGAAUAGCAGCUAUUACAGGGAAGGAAGAACAGAGGGCGUGUGAAACGGACUCAGUCCUUGGCACACAAUACCACAAACAAUUUAAAGGGCACUGAAAGGAGGGGGGACUAGAGGGGGGAAGCUCAGUCACAUUUCUAAAGCACCUGAAAACGUGUUUGGUGUGAUGAUUGUGCUCGUCUCAAACUAGUUGCACAUCUCUGCCUUGAUGCCAGGUCACUAGCUCGGACUCUUACUGUACUGUACACAGUGUUCCAGCUCAGCUCUCUAACACUGAGGACGGCGCAGCGCCCUGCUAACCCGAAGGACAUCUGACUGACUGAGAAUCAGCUUCUUCUUUUUUUUCCAUUUUACAUUUCCAUAAAAGACUUAUUGAAGUUCUCUUCUCACCUGUCUGGACGGAAUUUGAAACACGCUGAGUAUUAUAAUAGAUUCCCACCUUUCCUUCAUCAACAUCAACAUCAAUAUGGACGGCAGUCCAGGUGAAGGAGUGAUUCACUAUGCAGGCUCAACUGGAAGUGCCAGCCCCAGCCCAGGAAGCCCAUCCAGUGGGUACCAGACCCAGUCUCCAUCCUCCCAGCCCUCAUCGCCCGAGGAGGUCUCCUUCACUGAUCUUGGUGCCCCUAAAAAAUACUCAGCUGGAAGCAGUGGCAAUUCUGCAAGGGGCAACAAACUGGUUUUCCAAUUUCCAGAAGUAAGCAGUGCUUCCUCUGUCAACACCGUUACACAGACCGUAACGUCAUCAGGGCAAAACUCCUACUCUCACCCAAUGGUUGGCAGGCGACCCAUUGGAUUCACGGGUACCUUUACUAAAACCGGAGGUAUGGUGUUGCUUUGCAAAGUAUGUGGAGAUAUUGCGUCAGGAUUUCACUAUGGUGUCCAUGCAUGUGAAGGAUGCAAGGGUUUCUUCCGCCGCAGUAUCCAGCAGAACAUCAAUUAUAAGAUGUGUGUGAAGAAUGAAAACUGUCUGAUCAUGAGGAUGAAUCGCAACCGCUGUCAGCACUGUCGCUUUAAGAAGUGCCUCUCUGUCGGCAUGUCCAGAGAUGCUGUGCGAUUUGGACGCAUUCCGAAGCGCGAGAAACAACGUCUACUGGACGAAAUGCAGAGUUACAUGAACAGCCUUAAUGAAUCGGCGUCCAUGGACAUCAACUGUUCGUCACCCACCGACACCCCUACCAGCCCUGGAGACGGCCAAUCAGAAGAGGCCAUCGGUGCGAUCUCGCAAGCUUAUCGAAACAUCUUUGUGAAUGGGGAGAAGGUGUUGGUGAAGAUUGACGACGACAAUAACAACAAUUCUUCUUCCUUCCGUCAUAAUCCAACACAAGAGUCCGGCUACACCCAGUCUCAUCCUCAGCCGAGCGUCUCCCCGCAAGAACAUCCCGUACAUUCCACAACGAACUGCCUCUCCCAAUCCAGAUGCCCGUUCGCCAGCCACGACAACAAACCAGCAAUCCAGGUCAUAGACAACAGUCACUAUAACUUCCCACAGUCCUCGAGUCCCAGUCAGGGAACUACUCCUUCUCAAAGCUAUCCAUCAAAGCACAACAGUUAUUCCACUCAGACGUCUUGUCCUUGGAGACUGAGUCCUGGUGCUAAAGUUCUGGCAUGUCCUCUCAAUGCAUGUCCCGUCUCCCCAGCCAGUCACUCCAGUCAACAGGUCUGGGAGAGUUUCUCUCAGUGCUUCACUCCGGCUGUUAAAGAAGUGGUGGAGUUUGCCAAGAGCAUCCCUGGGUUUCAGGCACUGAGUCAACAUGAUCAGGUCAUGCUGCUGAAGGCAGGAACCUUUCAGGUUCUAAUGGUGAGGUUCUGCUCGUUGUUUGACGCCAAGGAACGGACUGUAACAUUCCUAAAUGGUCAGACCUACCCAUUGGCGUCGCUGCGAGUGCUUGGCAUGGGCAGUCUUCUGGACGCCAUGUUUGAGUUCAGUGAGAAGCUGGGGAACAUGGGUCUGGAGGCCGACGAGAUGGGUCUCUUCAUGGCUGUGGUUCUGGUUUCUGCAGAUCGCUCAGGUAUCUCAGACAUGGGUGCCGUCGAGCAGCUCCAGGAGGAUUUGAUCGGCGCUCUCCGAGCUCUCAUCACUCGCAGGAGGCCAGAAGACAGCGCACUCUUCCCCAAACUCCUUCUGCGUCUGCCAGACCUCAGGACACUCAACAACCAGCACUCCGAGAAACUCCUCGCCUUCCACAUCGACCCCUGAGGCGCACGCCAGACCCAAAACACAGAUCCAGGGUGCUCUUCUGUACAAACAAGCCAUGCAUCGUUCAGGACGAACAUCUGACUCGCACUUACACGGACACGCUUCACCACGUCAGACUUUUCCAAUGCAACGCAAGGAUUCUUUUAAAGAAUGGUGCAGAUGCUGGACAUUUGGACUUUUCAGGAGAGUUUUCAAGAAAUCCAAGAAGAGGGAAUCGAUUUUUCUUCCUAAAAUGGACAUUCGAUGGAUGGUUUUAUAUAACCAGCAUUGAAAGAUCGGUGUCAGUAGGUUUUGGGACAUUAUAAAUAUUCUUCUCACUCCAGAUGCUAUGCAUUCAGUAUCAUAUUCUUCAGCACAUCGUACAACCUUUCAGAUCCUAGCUCAUAACUCAAUCAUUUCCUCUAACACAUUCUUAUAUCUCUUUGUGGACCUUUAUAAAUAUUGUUUACAGUCAAAACAUUGAGUGUAAAAAACAUGUAUUAUAAUUGAAAUGUAUGAUAGUUUCUCAUAACUGUAUAAGACUGUAGUAUGAAUUCACGUGUGGAAAUAUCAUGAUAAUAGCAGGUUGUGUCAUGAAGAAAGGACUGCUCAUCUCAUCUUGUAUUUAAACGAUUAUGUCAUUUACAACAGCUCUGCAUGGAUAUGGUUUAUUUUCUACCCUUUGCAGUUCAGAAUUUUCUGAAAGUGUCUUUUGUAUUGGCGGAGAUGAGUUAGCAGCAAAGCGGACAUUAGCAUUUCUACACAAAGUCUAUUCAUUUGUUUCACGUGCAUCUAAAUGUAUAUUUCGUAAAUGUAUUAUGUUUAUCUUUUACUAUAGAGAUGGCAAGAUUAUGUGAUAUUAAAAAAAUACAUUUCAGUUUUUGCAAA